AUGCCUCUACUUUACGGCGAGGGCAAGAACGCAUUUUUGCGACUGCAAGAGGAAAUUAUGAAACGCUCGGAUGAUCAAACUUUGCUAGCUUGGUCUCACCAAGAGGACGAUCCAGACGAUUUGGGGGUCCUGGCUACCUCGCCUGCUGCAUUCUCAGAAUGCAAAGAAUUCGUCCCUUGCGAUGUGGGCACACUAACUCCCCCAUUCCAAAUAACCAAUAAGGGCCUCGUUAUUGAAAUGCCAAUUUCUACUGACGGCUUCGAGCAUGGAAAGUACGGAGUGCUGCAAUGCGGAAUAAGGCAAAAUCCUACGGCAAUGAUUGCUAUCCCUCUGGACAAUCGUCGUAAUGGUCUUAAUGUACGGCGAAAAAGACCAUUGUGUACUGUGAACUAUCGAGUCUGGUCAGAAUGGGGUUUAACAUCAGUCAACCUACUGCCUAGCCUCUCUUUUACAAGUGGCAUAGCUGAGUCUCCGAGCUACACAGUCUUUAUGAAGGACCUUCCUGAGACUUUUUAUGUGGCAGAAGUCUAUCCACCAAACUCGAGACCGCGACCUGACCCAAAAAUCGUCAUGGCAGGAACUCCUGAUAGCAAAGACCAAUUCGAGGCGAUGACCAUGGUUCUACUCAAGAGCUCUGUUAACGAAGUAGAGCCUCUUGCGCACUGUAGCUGGCUGCGAUCUGCCAAGAUGAGUCUUCUUUUCAUGCUGAAUGAGCCGCGAAACAGAAUUCGUAAACGUGCCAAGUGUGGAAACUCGCUGACUGUGCUUACACCAGCAACGAAGAUUGGCGGUGGCUAUAUCCAAGAGCCAAAAGCCAAGACUUAUGCGCUACUGAUCCUGCGCGAAUAUUAA